CAAUCUUUAUUUAGAGGUAUUUGGAUCUGUCUACAAGUGUCUCUGGUAGAAGAAAGUUAACAGAUUUAGGCUCCUUAUUGAGGCCUAAGACACAACACAUUCACAACCAUGACGGAGGAAGUAAGGCAGAGGAAGAGGAUAUCCAUAAAGGAGACGUUUAAUAAAUAUGUUCCAGAGUUUAAUGAGGAAAAUAUGUUCUGGGCUCAGGUGUUGGCGGCUGUGGUGGUUGGUCUGGUCACUUUAGUACUUUUAUGGCGUCUGUUACGUGGAACAAGCAAGAGACGUGCAAUACUACUAAUGGGCCUGUGUGAAUCUGGCAAGACGCAUUUGUUCUCACAGUUAUGUUAUGGAACGGACGUGACUUCCGUUACUUCCAUCAAAGAAUCAGUUGGGGAAUAUAGCUCUGGAAAGAAAUCAUUGACUAUGUAUGAUCUUCCUGGCCACGAGAGAAUACGUUACGGACUGUUUGAGAAGGUGAAGAAGCUGGCUCGUGCCAUCAUCUUUGUUGUGGAUUCAGCAACAAUACAGAAGGAUGUCCGGGAUGUUGCGGAGUUCCUCUACUCGACCCUUUGUGAUGGAGCUGUCCAGAGUGGAGGAUUGAGGGUUUUGGUGGUGUGCAACAAGCAGGACCUCAAGUUAGCCAGGGCUGCAGCACUCAUCCAGAAAACUCUCGAAAAAGAAAUGAACCUAUUGCGAGUGACACGUGCCAGCCAGCUGCAGUCAGUGGGUGAAGGAAGCAACAACAACAGCUUCCUGGGUCGUCAGGGACAAGAUUUUGAGUUUAGUCACCUCAGCCCCCUGAAAGUGGAGUUUGUGGAGACUACAGCUAAGGGAGGGGAAAACUUAGCACCUGUCAUAUCCUGGCUUCAACAGAUGGCUUGAAAAAAAAUAAACAACUUGUGAAUAUGGGAAAUGAACCUUAAAGACUUACUAACAAGUGAAAAGAUAAUAACUGCAUGAAUAUCUAUUGUAAAAUUUAAAUAUAGAGGAAUAGUGUCCAUGACAUGACUUGCUCGAAUGUAGUAUUUCAGCCAAUAUUCUUCCAGGAAUGUUAAAAAUUUUGAUAUAAUGUGUGUGUAAUUUGUAACAGUUGUAACAAACAAGUAUACUGUACAUUCAUGCUCAUCCUUACAUAUAACUUAGGGUCAAGUAUCUGUAUCUUCCAACAUAAGACCUAUCAUGAGAGAUGGUGACAUGUACAGUAUCUACUCGUAUAAUGAAAGUGCAUAGUAAAAAGAUAACAGAUGUGUGAUAUGCUGUACCUUUUUGUAAUACCCUGUACUGUGUGAAGACCUGACUGAAAGCUUAUUUCAGAUUUGCUAUAAGUGAAUACCCUAUAUACAGUAUGUACUUAAUGUUUAAUCUACUGUAUUCUGUGUGAGCUGGGAUUAGAGGUGUUGUAUUCAGAAUGAGUCAGCAUUAGUGUUGUGCUUAACUUAACCACAGUCCACAGAUUCUGUUUUCAGCUUAAAGUGUUGACUGUCCUUUUAUCCUUUUUUUUUUCAAUGCAUCAAGUGAAUAUAUAUGAUAAAUUAUACUUGAUCAAGUCACAAAAAUUUACGCUAUAAUCGUAAGAGAAUUGACGAAAUGGAGUGAAACAAAAUCAAGCUUGUCACUCUUUCAUAUAAUUAAAAAAACCAAAAAAACAAGGUAAAUAUGAACACUUAUUUAGGGAGCAAAGAGGGAAAAAAAGGUAUGUAGGAUUGGUGCUUCAUGUAUUAGUUAUGGUACAAGUGAACGGACAGAUGUAGACAUGUGAAAGAAGAACCAGACUACCAAGAUGUACUGAGGAGGAAGCACACACCUACACUGUUUAGUAAUUGAGGUGAAAAAUAUGGUUGUAUAGUUCAUGAUAGACGAUUCUUACACUAGUUUAUCAUACUAGACGUGCAUACAAUAGUGGCUUAAACAUUUACUAGAAAAAUCUGGUACUGUUUAUAGUCAGGAAAUGCCCCAAGGGAUUCAUAGACAUUUUGGGGUGUAACUGAUGACCAUGUUUUGUUACUUAAUAUUGUGAGGUAACCAUUACUAAAGGAAGCAUACAAGAGUGUUUUUUUAUGUACCAUGAAGUUGACUUAAUGAAUACAGGGAAUCACAUACAGUACAGAAAACAAAAAUUAUUAAAUUCCUACUGUACAGAAAAAUGUUUAUUUAAUAUUUAAAUACUAUAAUGUUUCUGUACAGGUAUUGACCAUAUUCAUGUACCAAAUAUUAUUCCAAUUAUAUGUACAGUACUGCACCUUGUUGCUGCAUAAUAGUGACUACAGUUCGUCUGCGUGGAAUUUGAAAGGAUAUAAUACAAUAAGUGAUAUCAACAAUUUGAGCCUGAUGCCUUGAAUCUGUUAUUAGGUAUGGUGUUAUUUUCAAGCAGAUAUUUUGUAAUAAAUUAAAAAGCAUA